AUGGCUGAAGUCCAGUCAGCUGGUGCUUCUGAACAGAAGUAUGGCGGCGCUGAAGGUGCAGAUGCCAUGUAUGUCAAACUGGUGUCUUCUGAUGAUCACGAAUUUUAUGUUCGCCGCGAAUACGCUCUCACAAGUGGUACUAUAAAGGCUAUGUUAUCUGGUCCGGGUCAAUUUCAAGAGAAUGAAACAAAUGUUGUGCAUUUUCGUGAAAUACCAUCGCAUGUAUUACAAAAAGUGUGUAGUUAUUUUGCUUAUAAAGUACGCUAUACAAAUAGUUCAAGUGAGAUACCAGAAUUUCCAAUUGCACCAGAAAUCUCAUUGGAGUUGUUAAUGGCUGCUAACUUUUUAGACUGUUAG